AUGGGAAAGUCGGGUAAAGGUAAAGGUGGUAAGAAUAGAAGAAGAGGAAAGAAUGACAAUAGUGGUCAAAAGAGGGAGUUGAUUCUUAAAGAAGAGGGUCAGGAGUAUGCACAAAUUACCAAAAUGUUAGGUAAUGGAAGAAUUGAGGUACAAUGUUUUGAUGGGGUUAAACGAAUGGGACACAUCAGAGGUAAAAUGAGAAAGAAGGUUUGGAUGGGCCAGGGAGAUAUAAUUAUGGUGAGUUUGAGGGAUUUUCAGGAUGACCAAUGUGAUGUAGUGCAUAAGUACAAUUCCGAUGAAGCAAGGUCUUUGAAACAAUUGGGUGAGUUGCCAGAGAAUGCAAAGAUUAACGAAACAGACACAUUUGGAGCCGAUGAUGAUGAGGACGUUAACUUCGAAUUCGGUGGAGCUGAUGAAAGUGUUUCAGAAGAUGAUGGCGAGUUAGACAUUGAUGAUAUAUAA